AUGCUAUAUGCCGACGAUGCCGGCGUUGUGUCGAAGUCCGCCGACGGCCUGGCGAGGAUGAUGACCAUUAUCGUGGAGGUGUUCCGGGAGUUCGGGCUGACGGUGUCGGAGAGGAAGACGGAGACCCUGGUGAUGCGGGUGAAGGAGAGACAGCGACCGCCGCCGCCGCCACCGCCGGUGCUGACCAUCGAAGCAGCGGGGCAAAGGUACGCACAGACGACCGAGUUCCGAUACCUGGGCGGCCUCGUCAACGAGCAGGGCGACCUUACCCGAGAGAUCAACCACAGGAGCAAAGCAGCGUGGGCGUGCAUUAAGCGAUACGCCACGGAGCUCUUCGACCGACCGGGAGCACCGUUUCGCCUCAAAGCCCGCCUGCUCCAGGCGGAGGCAGUGGAGGCACUGCUAUACGGCUGCAUGACAUGGUCCCCACGCCGCAACCACUACGGAAUGCUGCAGACGACACACCACCGGCUACUCCUGCGAGUCAUCG